AUGCUACGGCCAUGGAAAGAACAGGUCAUGAAGAGGUCGCAAGAAGUGAUUGGCAGAACACUUGUCAACCUGGAGGGCUUCUCUACAAUCUGCAGAAUACAAGAGUGUAACCUGGGCAACCUCAUUACUGACGGCAUGGUUUACGGCAACCGGAAAUCGUCGGAACAAGACCCGGAUGAGUGGACUGAUGUGACCAUCGCCUUCACCAACUCUGGCGGCAUCAGAGACACCAUACUGAGAGGUGUUGGCAACUGUUUCUCUUUCAGUCUUUGUAUUGUUUUUGGUAAUGUGACGAUCAACAACGUUCUGAAUGUGAUGCCUUUCCAAAACACCAUCGACGCCAUCACCAUCAAGGGAAAGUACCUGCAAGCCGCCCUGGAGCACUCAGUGUCCAGGUACAGCCCCUGCAGUCAGACAGGUGAUCUCUUCGGUGGAUUUCUGCAGGUAUCAGGUCUGCGCGUGAAAUACGACCUGAGCCAGCCUGUAGGUCAGCGGGUGGUCAGCGUGCAGGCCCUGUGCAACGACUGCCUGGUCCCCCGCUACUUUCCUCUGAAGGCAGAGAAGGUCUACAAAGUCAUCCUGCCGUCCUUCGUCCGCACAGGGGGCGAUGGCUACACCAUGUUUCGCGACAACGCCUUGACCACGGACCUGUACAAUAUGCUGGACAGUGAGGUCUUUAUAAACUUCAUACGUGAAACGUCACCCAUCACGCAAGGGAUUGAGGGACGUAUUAACAUACGUGGUGGGCCCCAACGAUUGCCCUACGGCCUGAGUCUCGACAUCACUUUACAACGGUCUCACUUCCGGUGGGCCUCUACGGUGACAGUUGCAUGA